GGCGUCUGUCAUGGCUUCUGUACGUCAAUACAUUCGCGACGCAGAAAUCUUUCCGGUUCACAUUAUAAAGAAAUACGCCGCCUUCGAGGACAUCGGUAAGAAGCGACACUUCGCCGCGCUGAAAAUUCAACGAGUUUUCCGAGGGUAUCUGGUACGGAAGCUGGUGGAGAGAUGGCAUCGCGCCGCGAUCGUUCUCCAGAAGUUCGUGCGAAGGUGGUUGGUGCUGUGGCACCUGCCGCAGUUUUACGAGGAGUACUUGCAGUGGCGUAACGAGACCUAUUACCACAGGAUGGCGACACGAAUCCAGGCCGCUUGGCGCGGGUAUAAGGUGAGAAAGGGGAGGGUUCCCAUCAAGGAGCUGCUACGGAGACGGCUGUCGAUCGAGCGACUGAACGAGAAAAUCGUUUUGAGCAUGAGGGACGCGUUCAAAAACUUGGAGAAGGAGAAAAUGGAGCAGAUGAACAGGGAGGCGGAGGGGAAGGUGGCGUUUAUCAUCUUUAAGCUUCACCACCACUUGAGAACGUACCAGCGAGAGGGCAUUUACUCCCGUCACAACAGCAAACAGCUGUCCCCCAUCGAAGUUUUGUUCCACUCACUACCCCUGAGGAGAUACAUGGACGACUUGCGUAGGCGAUACUAUUCGGAGGUGGGCCGCGAGCGACCUCCUCGCCGUUACAUGUUCCUAGACAAGAAAAUGCAAGAAAUUGAAGACCUGUACAGGAAUUUCGAGAGAUCCAAGCCCGUGACUGAGAUCUCGGUACCGGUCGACGUGGUGGCCCACGAUAAACCGUUCGAUUUACUCUCCAAACCGGCCGAGCUCCGUUUCGAAAGGCGAACUCUCUGCAGGGAUCAGUACCCAUCUCCGCCGUUUAAGCUUGAGCGAACCGUCGACAGAUCGAAGCACGUGGCCGAGGAGGAUUUCGACUUGUUCGUUCACAAGAAGUGCGCGAAAGGGAGAGGUCCGCCGCCUUACUAUAUAGACCACUGGACGAAGAGGUGCGAGGAACACUAUUGGGCCGAUUAAUG